AUGGAUUCCCAGCACCAGCAACAGCACGCCUGGCCCGUUCAACCUCAUGCCGGAGCCUACAUGAUGGGCGCUCCCCAAAUGGCCGGUGCCCAGCACCAGCAACCCCAAGGAUACCCUCAGCAGUACCAGCAACAGCAGCACUCCAGCAUGAUGGACCACCAGCAGCAACAGCAGCCGCAGCAUCCUAUGGGCGGUCACCAUAUCCCAACUCCCCACGGCGUCCCCGCUCACCACCAAGGGUAUGGUGUGCCUCCUCAAGAGCCUCCCCGUGGUGGACCCAACCCUGGAGCCAGGAGAUCGCCUCCUCCCUACCGCCCUGCUUACCGUGAGCGAUCCUACUCUCCUCCUCCUCGCCACCGCAGAACACCUUCCCCCCGUGGAUACAGAGACUCUCGGGGAGGCUAUGAGCGUGACAUCGGUGGUUACCAGGGCGGUCGUUAUGACCGUGGAUAUGACCGUGGUGGGUACGAUCGAUCGGAUCGUGGUGGCUACGACCGUGGAUAUGACCGUGGAGGAUAUGACCGUGGAUACGAUCGCAGCUAUGAUCGUGGCUAUGGCGGCGGACAGCGUGGAGGAUAUGACCGUGGUGGAUAUGGUCGUCCUCGCUCUCCCCCAAGGCGGAGGACCAUCAACCGUGGUAGUGAGGAGGAUCGGUUAAACUCCAGAACACUGUACAUUGGAAACAUCCCCUACAGCUUCCGGGAACCCGAGGUCGAGGAGAUGUUCAAGAAGUUUGGAACCAUUGUCAAGAUCACUGUCGUUCUGGAUCAAUUCACCGGCCGCAACAAGGGAUUUGCAUUCGUUGAGUAUGAGGAUCGCAAAAAUGCCGAAGAAGCCAUGGAAAAGUACAAUGGAUUCGAUGUAGAAGGCAGACGUUUGAAAUUGGACUGGGACAUUGGUCUGGGCAAGAAGGACAUCAAGCCCCCACGCUCGACUGGAACCACCGAGAACAGCACCGCCGAGACCACCCCUCAGCCUCAGACUCACUCGACCACCGAGGCCUCAACCCCUGCUGAGAGUUCGGCCCAGAAGUCGGACGAGUCUUCGCCUGUUCUCCCUGCUACUGCUGCUGAGAACGAUUUUGCUGCUGAGAACGAUUCUGCUGCCGACGCUGCCGCUACUGAGGUUGCGACUGACAUGUCUGCCACCCACUUGACUGAGGCCCAGCAGCCAGCCCCUAGCGCAGAAGAGCCUUCAACUGACGCUGCCAUUACUACCACUGCCCCAGAACAGCAUGAGGAUGGAUCUGCUGAGGCACCCGUCGAGCUCUAG